AUGUUUAAUUUUAUAAUACAAAUCAUUUUAACAAUGGUCGUUCAAUUAGCUUUAUUAUUUCGGCUAAUAAACAGACAAUAUAGGUUGAAUAAUGAUAGAAAAUUUGUAAAUGUAUACAUACCUGAAGAUCAUGAAGAAGUCCUGAAUGAAUUUUUAGAUGACAUAAAUGAUGUCUUACCCAACCAAAACCAUGCGUCCACCGAAAUUGCUGUACUCCAUAACGAUGAAUUAUCAAAUGUACCGUUUCCUCCAAUAGGCAUAAUCGGGUUGACGCGGUACGGAUACAUCUUUCAAAAUAAGGAAGAUGAAAGAAUAUAUGAUAUGAAGUUCAUUGAAGCGUCGAAAACGGCUAACGACAUUUUUUUAGAGGUGUAA